AUGUUUCCACCAAAGUUUCUGCCAGUUGUAGUAGUUGUAACUCUUUCGUUAUUAGAGUCCAAUUUUCAUUUUGAAGCUUAUGGGGAUGAAUUAGGUGAUGUAAUCCCAUCUCCAAGUUCUUGUGAGAACUGUUCCAAAUGUGAUCCACCUUGUCAGCAGCAAGUAAAUCCACCACUUUCUGGUUAUCCUUCUUAUGGAGCUUCAUCACCACCAUCUCCUCCUUCUGGCUACUAUAUAUAUGGUGCCCCUCCACCACCUCAUGAAGCAGGCCACACCAAGUGCCCUCCUGCUACAGGUGCUCAGUGUUGUACCCCUCCUGCUCCUUACACUUAUGGAUAUGGUUAUGGACCUCCAAAUCCUUACUAUGCACCUCCAAAUCUUUAUGCGCCUCCAAAUCCUUACACCUAUGUGCCUUAUGGAGAAGGUCACGGCCAUGCUUCCAUGAUUCUGCCAAUUCUAGUCCCCCUUACCAUGUUUUUUUCUUCUUUUAUUUUUCUCGUCUGA